AUCCUGGUAACACACGAGCACUACAUAUUAUAACUGUUUUAUCGCAUAGUUUAUCAUUAAAAUAUAUAUAUCAUUUUCAUUUAAAUUUGUUUAUUAUUAUUUUUACUAUUUUGAUUCCCUUUCUGCGCCUCGCUGACUGAAACACUAAAACUUCUGUUUUAGAAAAUGUGUUCCCCAGAUAAAAGUACCCAACAAAUUUCUGCAUUGGUUUUCAUUGGCCAGACAUAUUGUAAAACUUGUUGUUUUGUUUGUAAAAAAAAUCAAAGAAAAAGAAACAUUUGAGAAAUCUCAGAAUUUCAUAUAUUUCAUGUAUUUCUGAAUUUGGCAAUAACUAUCAAGUUUUUGAAAUAUUCUAGUUUAUUUAUUCUUUUACUUUAUAAAUGUAGGUGUUUGUGACAAUUCUUUCUCUGUGAACUGUAAAUUGGAGCUAAAAUCAUCUUUUCUUUGAAAGGAAAAAAUUAUACUCCCUUGAUAGGGCCUCAAUAGAGAAAAAGUGUUCCGAUAUAUAUCGGAACAGUUUUACUGUGCUGAUAUAUAUCGGAACACUUUUUUUCUUAUGAAACUCCAUAGAGAUUUCCGUGUUGAUAUAUAUCGCAACAGUUUUGUAAGAUAUCAGCACAGUUUUGUAGUAAUAAUGUGUGUUACUAUGUAUAACAUGCUGCAAAGAUCAAAGGAAAAUUGCCGCACUAUGCGAUAAAACUGUGGUAGAGUAGCUCAUUUCUUAUCAUUUAUUAUGUGAUGAAACCUGUCAAAACAUGCAGAAUGUUAUAUCUUAUUUAUAUUAACAUUUGUCCCAAUUUCUAACAUAAUUUUUUAUACCUGCAAAUAUAAAAGUUGAAGUAAUACUGCAGGGGGUUCAAGCAGUUCUGACAAUGAGAAAGAGUUGUAGAUGGUCAUCAUUUGCCUGAGCCUUAGAUAUUGUCCGAAGAGACACCAAAGAGGCACCGUAGGCAACAGUUCCACCAAUAAAGCUGCAAAGACGCCUUAUGAGCUAAUCUGUGUGCUGUGUGAAAACCAAACCAAACAGAGCAAGAAAGCUGCUGAAUGUAACAAGUUACUGGACAGUUAUACAUGCACGAACCAUGAGGAUGACAUAUUCUGUAAGGCAUGCUAUGGCAAGAAAUUUGGACCCAAGGGUUACGGGUUUGCUGGAGGUGCGGGAGGGCUGUCAAUGGACACGGGGAAACCGUACGAAGUUACACGUGGGAAUGUGUCAAGCUACCAGCAAGCCCAGGCAGCCCCUACACUGGAGAGGAAUGGGGGUGGAGGUAGAUGGGGAGGUGGAGAUGCGUGCCCUAGAUGUAAAAAGCAGGUGUAUUUUGCAGAGGAAGUGAGGGCAGUAGGCAAGAAAUGGCACAAAAUGUGCUUAUCAUGUGCCAAAUGUAGUAAGAUGCUGGACAGUACCUCCUGCACUGACCAUGAGGGUGAAGUGUUUUGUAAGGCAUGUCACACAAAGAUGUUCGGACCCAAGGGUUAUGGGUUUGCAGGUGGGGCCUCAGGAUUGUCUAUGGACACAGGAAAAUAUGGGGAGGUGACAAGAGAGAAUGUAUCUUCAUUCAGUCAGGCCCAAGCUGCACCAUUGCUAGAGAACGGUACAAAUAAAUUUGGUGGAGGAGAGCUGUGUGCAGCCUGUGGGAAAACCGUCUACUUUGCAGAGAAAAUUAUGGGAGGAAAUAGUACAUACCACAAACAGUGCUUUAAAUGUGCUGCCUGCAAAAAAGGUCUUGACUCUCACACCAUGACACAGAGGGAAAAUGAUGUCUUCUGUAAAAGUUGUUACAGUAAACACUUCGGACCAAAAGGAUUUGGAUUCGGAUCAGCCUUACAACAUACCUAAAUUUGUGUAAACAUAAUUAACACACAUUCAUUGUGUAAACAUACAGAUGAACUAUUGUUGCUGUCUGUUGUUGUUGUUAUUUGGAUAUUAUUAAAGGAUCAUGCAUUUUCUGGGAGACUUCCUUACAGUCAUUAAUGGAUCUUUCACAGGAAUUCUACAGGAACCAGUCAAAUAAAACAGUGGAUGUUUCAUAGGAAUUCUAUAGGAACAAGUCAACUGGAGCUUUUUAUGUAAAGACUAUUGCACUAAUGUUUUUAGAUGAAGCUUUUUUACUGGUUUUGAUUGCUUGAAAUUAUGUCACGUCUUUACUCAUGUUGAAGACUUUACAAUCUUUACUUAUUUUAGACCAUUAGUUACAAAAAAGGCAUGCCUUUCAUAUCUAGACUUUAUCUAACAAAUGCCAUAAUUUUUGGAUUUUUCAUGAUUGACAGAUUUUACUUUAUUUGUAUAUUUGCAAGUGUCGUAGUUCGGUUAUGCAUGUAGAAACACCAAAUUGCCAUUGCUUUUGAUAAGAAAAAACAAAAAAAUACAAAAUUUAAUCAGUAUGAAUAUUAUUACGCAGCACCCACAAAAGAUGAAGGUGCUAGUAUAUUGUGCUGUUUUCACCUAUUUAUUAUGAUUUUGUUCCAUAAAAUGAAAAGGAAGUGAGCUUGUUACAUUUUUUGAUUAAGAACAUGUCGAGGCAAAUUGCUGUUUGUACAUAUUCAGUGUCAGAUGUUUUUGCUUUACCCUUUUAUGUCCAUGGUUACGAUUUCAUUAUUUGUUAAGACUGUUUCUGUUUUAAGAAAAAAUAUCUUUUUUAGCUCACCUGAGCACGAAGUGCUCAAAGAUGAGCUUUAGUGAUCACCCUGUGUCCGUCGUCGUCCGUCAGUCGUCAACAAUUUGACUGUUAACACUCUAGAGGUCACAUUUUUGGCCCAAUCUUAAUGAAACUUGGUCAGAAUGUUACCCUCCAUAAAAUCUUGGACGAGUUUGAUAUUGGGUCAUCUGGGGUCAAAAACUAGGUCACCAGGUCAAAUCAAAGUAAAAGCUUGUUAACACUCUAGAGGUCACAAUUUUGACCCAAUCUUAAUGAAACUUGGUCAGAAUGUUACCCUCCGUAAAGUCUUGGACGAGUUCGAUAUUGGGUCAUCUGGGGUCAAAAACUAGGUCAGCAGGUCAAAUCAAAGGAAAAGCUUGUUAACACUCUAGAGGUCACAUUUUUGGCCUAAUCUUAAUGAAACUUGGUCAGAAUGUUACCCUUAAUAAAAUCUUGGACGAGUUCGAUAUUGGGUCACCUGGGGUCAAAAACUAUGUCAACAGGUCAAAUCAAAGGAAAAGCUUGUUAACACUCUAGAGGUCACAAUUUUGGCCCAAUCUUAAUGAAACUUGGUCAGAAUGUUAUCCUUAAAAAAAGUCUUGGGCAAGUUUGAUAUUGGGUCAUCUGGGGUCAAAAACUAGGUCACCAGGUCAAAUCAAAGGAAAAGCUUGUUAACACUGUAAAGGCCGCAUUUAUGACUAUAUCUUCAUGAAACUUGGUCAGAAUGUUAAAAUUGAUGAUCUUAAGGUCCAGUUUAAAUCUGGGUCAUGUAGGAUUAAAAACUAGGUCACCUGGUCAAAUCAAAGGAAAAGUUAAUUAACACUGUCGAGGCCACAUUUAUGACCAUAUCUUAAUGAAACUUGGUCAGAAUGUUUAUCUUGAUGCUCUUUAGGUCAAGUUUAAAUCUGGGUUAGCUGGGGUCAAAAACUAGGUCACUAGGCUAAAUCAAAGGAAAAGCUUGUUAACACUCUAGAGGCCACAUUUAUGACUAUAUCUUCAUGAAACUUAGUCAGAAUAUUAAACUUGAUGAUCUUUAGGUCCAGUUCGAAUCUGGGUCAUGUUGGGUCAAGAAUUAGGUCAUGGGGGCAAAUCAAAGGAAAAGCUUGUUAACACUCUAGAGGCCACAUUUAUGACUGUAUCUUCAUGAAACUUGGUCAGAAUGUUAAACUUGAUGAUCUUUAGGUCAAGUUCGAAUCUGGGUCAUGUUGGGUCAAAAACUAGGUCAUGGGGUCAAAUCAAAAGAAAAGCUAGUUAACACUGUAGAGGCCACAUUUAUGAACAUAUCUUGAUGAAACUUGGUCAGAAUGUUAAUCUUGAUGAUCUUUAGGUCAAUAGGUCAGGUGAGCGAUACAGGGCCUUCAUGGCCCUCUUGUAAUUAAUAUUAGUGCACUUUCAAUUGUUAGCUUACACAUCAGUGUAGCAGUGGUAAUUGAUUAUGUAUUUGUUGAAGGUGUCCAUGCCAAUUUGUUUACACGUUUAAUGUGUAUUUACUUCUUUUAGGGAUUUUAAGCAGGUGUGUUUGUAUAGUUAAUGAUACUGAGGAAUAGUUGUUGUGAAAACAUGUGUUUUAAGUGUGAGUAAAUUCUCUUCUAACAAACAGAUAUAGUGUUCAUUCAUUGACAGAUACAUUUCUAAAAUAAAAAUUGGUGUAUUGACAAAAAGCACUGUAAGAUGUUUAACCAGUUUUUGAGGAUAAAUUUUGUAUAAUGUAGAAAAAUAAUUACGUUGUGUUCUGUGUAUUUUGUGAACUAAAAUUUAAUGGCAUUAGUAUACAGAAUAAUUGGGCAUUUGAUACGUUGCAAUAUUGGCAAGAUGCAUUGUAAUUUUUUAUAUGCACAUUUUCAAAAAAUGAACCACAGGUUUGCACCUAUGCAUCAUACUGUUUGUGACUUGUUUAUCUGUGUACAAUGGGAGAUAUUUUUGUAAGACCAUUCGGGCAUAUGGGUUGAAUGAUUUAAUUAGUUGAAAGCAGAAAAUGGAAUCGUGUUGCCAAUAUCUGGUUUCAGCCAGACCUUGUGUGACAUACCAUUGUUAUUGUACAUUCCAAUAUGGAAUCAAGUUUAUAUAUGAUACAAUAUAUGUAAGAGUCAUUUGUAGAUCUAAUACUUUGAUACAUUGUUUCAUUAUUUUGUACAAAAUAUCAAGUGCACUUCCUUUAUAAAAUAUUGUCCUACAAUUCUCUUGAAAAACUAAAUUCGAAACACACUUACAAAAGUGUAUAUUAUUCUUAAAAGACCAAUGUAAAUUUAGGAAAUAGCUCAAUCUUAUAUGUUGGGUGCAAUGACCAAAUAUGUAGAAGAUCAAAGCUGUGAUCAUCUUGAAGUACUAUGUAUACACUUUUUAAACAGCAAUGGCAUGCAUUUAGUGGUAAUUAGCUUAACUUGAUCAAGUAGUUUAUCUUUUAUUAUAGAAACAAUAAUGCAAUGUUGAGUCUAGUUACAAGAAAUACUCUAAUUAUAGCCCAGAAUUCACAUGUAUUAAAAGAGAAAAAGAAGUUUAAUUGUAUAUUAAAAGGGAUAUAGGAAUAAAACAUUUAUAGAUUUUACUUAGUAUUGUGUGAUGGAUGGUUCGAUGAGAUUUUAUUGCUAACAUGCAUAUCAGUAAAAAGCAUUAGUAAGAGCGUGAGUGAAUAAGGUAAAGCUCUUCUUGCAUAGGGGCCUCUGUGGCUAAGUGGUUAAGGUCCCUGACGUUGAAUCACUUGUCCGCACUGUUAUGGGUUUAAAACUUUGCUUAGGAUGAUGGAGCCAUCCAGCAGGCUUGCAAAAGGCAGAUGUUUCUACUCAUGGCUGAGGGUCUUCCUCAAGAUAUAUGAAAAAUCACCAUAUGACCUAUAAUUGUAUCAGUCUGUAUCUAAAAAGGAUUUCUCUCUAUCUGUUCUGGGGGCUUUAUCUCACUCUGUCCCUCUGUCAGAUCGCUUUGUGUCUGUAUUAGUAGAGGAUGAAUGUGGCUGCCUUUGCUAUAUGUAAAGAGCCUUUGAACGUGUUUAUCAUGAAAAGGGUGCUAUAUAAAUCUGGUAUAAUAAUAAUAAUUAUCAGUGUGACAUUAAACAUAACAAAAACUUAAAACCUUUCUGCAUAAUGGUUCUGCCAAGCAUGCCACUGUGUUCAGUAAGACUUUAUAUUGUAAAAUAAGAUAUGCAAUUGAGAAUUCUUGUAAAUAGACCACAUGACCAAUUUUAUUUUCUGAAAAUUAUUAUUUUAAAUGAAAAUCAUACUUCUUAGUAUUAAUAUAAAAUGUUAGCUAGAUGUCCGGUUCACUUGCACAAUGUAAAAAUGAAAUUUAGUAUUUUACUUACGGGUCAUAGUUGUGGUACACUUAAACUACUGUUAAUUGAAUAUCUGAAAAUAUACUAUAUUGGAGUAUGUCUUUUCACGUAUUGUUGAUUGUUGCCAUAUAAUUAUAAUAUUGAAACACAGCUUAUGAGUAACUAAUUCUAUAUCUACAGAUAUAUGUUUUACUUUCUUAAUGUUGUCAGGUCUUUAAUGUAGAUAAUUUUCAUUUAUAUAAUCAAUUUUCAUUUAUAUACAGUCAUAUUUAAAUUAUUGAUAUAAAUGGCAGACAUUAAUAUUUUAUCUAUCUUUAUUUGGACCAAAUUUUAUAUUUACACAAUUUAUUGACCAGCUACAUAUGUUUUACUAUAUUUUAUUGGUUGUGAAUGUUACGUUGAUGUCUUGUAUUUUCCCCGAGUGUUUGGACACCCUGUUUUGGGAGAGGGGAACGAGUAUGUUCUUAUAAAUUAAACAUUUUAAACUUCCAAGAUAAAAGGAACAGAAUAAAGAAUAAAGGACACAGUUUGAAUCAAUCUUUUGAUCAAUUGUAAAAUGAUACCUGUCAAUUGAGUAUAUGUCAAAUAAAGCUUUGAAAGUCUUGUCUAAAACUGCUGGCCCAUUAUUAAAAUAAUUUCACAGCAAUGGUCUUAAAUGAUCCUCUACAAAAUUCUUUCAUAUCAUUUUGUUUUGUAAAAAAUCAUUGCUUCCAGUGGGCAGGACUAGUUUUCCCCUAUAUGGCUAUAUGGCAAACUUUGAAAAUCUUCUCUAAAACAUUUUGCUUGAGUUUAAAGUAAUUUCAUAGCACUGUUCCAUGGUAGACCCUCUACCAAAUUCCUCUGAUAAUCCUGUUUGGUUAAAAAACAUGGCCCCAGGGGGCGGGGCUAGUAUACCUCAUAUGGCUAAACAAAGUUCUGAAAAACUCUUCUCUGAAACUGCUGGCUCAAAUUCAAUAAUUUCACUCAACCACCCACUCCUACAAAAUUUAUCAUUUUUUCUGUACUCUAAGUUUCUUAAUACUGUCUCCUAGCAUCACAUCCUCCUCCUCCCUCUCGCCCCACCCCUGUUACCCCGUCAGCCCAUCCCCCUAAAAAAAAGGAAUAUUUGUUUUUUACUGUUUCUUGAUAGUGUCUGUUAGUAUCCUGUGUCACACAUGUUGGAUACUCCUCUAGAAGAAUGUUUGUGAUGUUAGUAUGAUACAGCCCGCCCACUUAGCUCAGUAGGUAAGAGCGUUGGUCUACGGAUCGCGGGGUCGUGAGUUCGAUCCUCGGGCGGGGCGUAUGUUCUCCGUGACUAUUUGAUAAACGACAUUGUGUCUGAAAUCAUAAGUCCUCCACCUCUGGUUCAUGUGGGGAAGUUGGCAGUUACUUGCGGAGAACAGGUUUGUACUGGUACAGAUUCCAGGAACACUGGUUAGGUUAACUGCCCGCCGUUACAUGACUGAAAUACUGUUGAAAAACGGCGUUAAACCCAAAACAAAUAAAUAAAUAAAUGAUACAGGAGACGUUCCAAUUCCAGAAGCUGCUUUGGACCGUUAACAUCUUUGGUGUAAGGCACCCAUAUACACAACUCUUGUCUGAUGAAAAAAUGUUAGUAGUUUUAGUUUGAGCAGCAGGGGCUCAAACUUGUAAUCCCCAUUAGUAUCAUAGUCCUGAAUCUUACAGCUGGACCAUUGUGUCUGCAAUUUAUGUACAUGCCGACAGCUGUUUAAUCUUAAGAAAUUUUCUGAUUUCUUAUCCAUGGAAUGUACCCAGCUGGAUUUGCCAGCACCACAAACUAGUUGUUUAAUGCCUUGUAAUCUUUUUUUCAUCUCUACCUGUAUUCACAUUUAAAUGUCUGUUAACAUUGCUUUUAUAUGCACUUGAAUCACUGUUUACAGAAUAAUUUUCAAGUGAAGGAAAAUGUGCAUCAUUUUGUAUCUUUGUUUAACUAUACCAAUUGUAUUGCCUAUCCUUAAUCUUGAAAGAAACAUUAUUUGACAGUUCUGUAUAGCCAACAGACUAACUGCAUUAUUUUGGUCAUUGAAAUAUUUAUUAAGUAAUGGCUUUCACUGCGGCACAGAGUUCAGCUUUACUGUAGAAAAACGAAAAUAUACCAUCCUGUCAUUCAAAAUAGGUCUUUAAGUUGAAUUUUAUUUUGGUCUAUGAUUUAUAAGCAAUGCCAUAGUCAUGCAGUGUAACUAAAUAAAAAAUGGAGUAAAACAAACAGUAUGACUGUCAGUACAGAAAUACAAGCAUACUUCUAAUUUUUUAUGCUCCCUUUGAAGAAGUAGAGGUAUAUUGCUUUGCACCUGUUGGUUGCGUUGGUUGGUCCGUUGGUUGGUAGAUCGUACGGUUUCAUUCAAUAACUUGAGAACCACCUGGCCAAGAACAUUCAAACUUUGUAGCAUGGUUAGGCUUAUGAAUUAGGUGACCCAUAAUUUUUUGGGCUCAGUAGGUAAAAGGUCAAGGUCACAGCCCUACCCUUCAAAACGAUUUCCGCCCAAUAACUUGACAACCAUGUGACCCAGGAACUUCAAACUUUAUAGUAUGAUGGGACUUAUGAAAUAGAUGAUCCUAUUGUUUUGGGGGUCAGUAAGUCGAAGGUCAAGUCACAGGGACCUGACCGUUGAAAACUGUUUCUACUUAAGAACUUGAAAAUCAGACCAUGAAUCUUCAGACUUGAUAGCAUGAUUGGGCUUAUGAAGAAUAUGACACCUGUAGUUUUGGGGGUCAGUAAAUCAAAAAUUGGCUUGAACCUCGGAAAACUGUUUCAACUCACUAACUUGAGAACCACUCAACCCAGAACCUGCUUAUAUGAUAGCAUGAUUGGGCUUAUGAAGUAGAUGACGCCUAUUUUGGGUGCCAUUAGGUCAAAGGUCAAGGGCUUACGGACCUGAAAAUUUAAAACUAUUCCUGCACGGAAACUUGAGAAUCACUGGAAAAAGAACAUUUAAACUUGAAUUCAUGAUUGGGUUUAAUGAAGAAGAAAGAUCCCUAUUGUUUUUAGGGUAAGUAAGUCAGAGGUCAAGGUUAGAGGAGCCUGAACCUUGAAAACUGUUUCAGCUCAAUAACUUGCAAGAACCACUUAACUCAUAAUCUUCAAACUUGAUGGCAUGAUUGGACUUAUGAAGUUGAUGACCUCUAUUAUUUUUGGGGCUAAUAGGUCAAAGGUCAAGGUCAUAGUGAUCAGGGGACUGAAAAUGGGAUGAACAAUCAUGGGUCCGGGCAUACAAGAUUUACAAUGAUCUUUUGUUGAAAGUGUAUCAGUAUUUGAAUAUAGAAAAAUAUGAUUAAGUGCCUUUGUAACAACAAAACUUCAGCCAGAAUGUGUGCCUGAACAGCAAACAUUUUGCUUUUCUUUUGUCAAGCUAAAUAUUAUAGGCACUUAGAAACUUUUAAGUGGUAGUGGUAAUGUUGAUGGUACCCAAAAAUGUUAUUUUUUGGAUUUAUCUUAUUUUCACCAUUUAUCUUCUUGUAGUUUUAUAAGAAGGAAAAAUAUAAAUACAUGUCUUGAGGUUUUAUUUGGAUUUUACUUUACAUUUUCAUUUUUAUUUUUGUUACAGUACAGAAGUAGUUAACUAAUUUAGUGCAUUUCCUAGUCUUGUACCAGCUUUGAAUGUAAUAAAAUGUAAAGAUAUUC